AUGUCACUUCAUUUUCAUAUCUAUAUAUCUUGUGGAAAAUGGGCAUCUGAUGUCCUUUUCAAAAUAAAUUGGAUAGCCUUUUAAUAUAAUAUUCCAUAAAUUAUCAGAGUUUAGUAGACAUGAUCAUUAUUUGUAACAUUUUUAACACCUCUCUCUCUCUCUCGUUUAUUCCUAGAAAUGUAAGGCACCCAUCAGACUGUGCCAUUAAUGUGAAGUAAACUCAACUGAGAUUUGUUAUCAUGAUCAUUUUAAGCAUCACUGUUCUACUUGUGAUUGUUCCUUUUAAUUAUGAACUUAGUGCUUGUGGAUGUGCACGUGCUGAAUAUGAGAUAGACAAUCAGUGCUGCCCCAUGUGUGCUCCUGGGAACCAUGUUCAAUGGCACUGCACAGAUGAUACCAGCACAACUUGUCAUCCAUGCCCUGAAUUCACUUUUAGUGACGAACCCAAUGGCCUCAUGAGAUGCUUCCCCUGUACUGUGUGUGAUGCAAGCCAAGGUUUAAAAGUGAAUAAAGCAUGUACUCGGUCAUCAGAUACUGUCUGUGGGCCACUAAAGAGAUUCUACUGCAUUAACAAAAUGAAAGGUAGCUGCAUUUCAGCUUUGCAACAUUCUGAAUGUAGUCCUGGACAAUAUAUCAAACAAGCAGGUACUAGCUCUACAGAUACUGUAUGUGCUGACUGUACAGGUGAAACAUAUUCAAAUGGCUCGUUCUCAUCCUGUUUACCACACACAAAAUGUGAGGACAUGGGACUUACGGAAACAAAUUCAGGAACAUAUUCUUCUGACACAGAAUGUCUAAAUCCCUAUACUUCUGUAGCAAUCCUUUGUCCUAGUGUUGUAGUUUCUUUAAUGUGUUUAAGUGUUUUCACAGGUUUUUUUGUUCUGAAAAAGAAACAAUCAAAAAAAUCUAGUAAGCAUUAUUUUAUUUUUUUAAAUAGAUCUUAUCUUAUUAGUUAAAUUACUAAUGAUUUAUUUUCUGUUCACACAGGAAUACAGGUAUACUGAAAAUUAUUGAAGAAAAAAAUAACAUUAAAAAUGAUUAAAUAAAACAAAUAUUUGCCCAGUUUUAAAUAACACAAUGUUUAUUUGCCUUUGUUGUAAGGAAACAGAAAAGCAUUUAAAUGAAAAAUCCAGCUCAAAAGUUGUUGCUGGCCGAGAAAAUAUUGAGGGAGACAGAAUGGAAGAACAAGCCCUAACAACAGUUUCAACUCAAUCUACAUGAAAGAGUUUCCAUGUCUGAAGUCCAGCAGAGACCCCAACAAAACCCCAAUGAAACGAGGGGCACUUACGAUUUUCUUAUUAAGUAUUGUAAAACGUAGCAGCAAUAUGAAUUAGCUAACAUAACCAUAUUACAAAAUUGUAUAUCUGCACUAUUCACUUUCUAAAACACUUCUUUUUUUUAAAGAAACAGUAUAUUA